AUGCAAAGAUCAGGAAGCGGUUGGUUUGAAACCCUAUUGAACAAUCAUAGGAAUAUAAGCUCGAAUGGUGAGAUAUUUGGUCAGAAGAACAGGAGACAAAAUCUUUCAUCGAUUAUUAAUACCCUCGAUAGGGUUUACAGUUUGGAUUUGAUUACUCGUUCAUCCAAGAACGGUUGUUCAACAGCGAUCGGAUUCAAAUGGAUGCUUAAUCAGGGUUUGAUGGAACACCGUAAAGAGAUUCUUCAUUACUUCACUAAGAGGGGUGUUUCUGUUAUUUUCUUCCUGAGAAGAAAUAUGUUACGUAGAUUGGUUUCUAUUCUUGCUAAUUCAUUUGAUAAACAUGCGAAGCUUCUAAAUGGCAUGCACGUAUCUCAUGUACACUCGCCUAAAGAGGCUUUGACAUUGUCAAAAUUCAAACCCACGAUCAACGUAAGUUCGUUGGAAUCAGAUUUGGAUGAGAUGGAAUCAAUCGCUAUAAAGGCGCUUGACUACUUCAAUAGUACAAGACACAUCAUCGUGUAUUAUGAAGAUCUCGUCAAGAACCCUUAUAAACUGAUACAAGUAGAAGACUUUUUGGAGCUACCCCGAAUGGAAUUAAGUAGCCGACAGGUAAAGAUACACAAUGGACCCUUGUCAGAACAUAUUAAAAAUUGGGAGGAUGUCAAGAAGUCUCUUACCGGAACACCGUAUGAGAGAUAUCUUAGAGUUGACUACUGA